AUGUUGGGCUUGGAAUUUAAGGGGAAGGAUGAAUCCACGAGAGCAGUUGAACUGAAGCAGAGACUGCAGAAAGAGAAGAUCCUUAUCAUCUUAGAUGACAUUUGGAAGUUAGUUUGUUUGGAGGAAGUUGGAAUUCCUUCUAAAGAUGACCAGAAAGGAUGCAAAAUAGUGUUGGCUUCUAGAAAUGAGGACCUAUUACGCAAAGACAUGGGCGCAAGGGUAUGUUUUCCACUUCAACAUCUACCAAAAGAAGAAGCUUGGCGUUUAUUUAAGAAGACAGCAGGUGAUUCUGUGGAGGGGGAUAAACUGCGACCCAUAGCAAUUGAGGUAGUUAACGAAUGUGAGGGUCUACCAAUUGCAAUUGUAACAAUUGCAAAUGCAUUAAAAGAUGAAAGUGUGGCUGAAUGGGAGAAUGCUUUGGAAGAACUGAGGAGUGCUGCGCCAACAAACAUCAGCGGAGUGGAUGACAGGGUAUACGGAUGUCUGAAGUGGAGCUACAACCAUUUGAAAGGUGAUGAAGUCAAGUCAUUGUUCUUACUUUGUGGUUGGUUGAGCUAUGGCGAUAUUUCAAUGCAUCGAUUGUUACAGUAUGCUAUGGGUUUGGGUUUGUUUGACCACAAGUCAUUGGAGCAAGCAAGAAAGAAACUAGUUACAUUGUUGAGAAUCCUCAAGGCCUCAAGCUUGUUACUUGACGGUGAAGGUCAUAGAGACGAUUUUGAAGAAGAAGCCUCAAGGUUGCUUUUCAUGGAUGCUGAUAACAGGUCUGUCAGGAUGCAUGAUGUUGUUCGUGAUGUUGCCAGAAAUAUUGCAUCCAAGGAUCCUCAUCGAUUUGUAGUCAGAGAAGAUGUUGAAGAAUGGUCAGAGACUGAUGGAUCCAAAUACAUCUCUUUAAAUUGCAAAGAUGUGCAUGAGCUUCCUCACAGGUUGGUAGGUCCGAAACUUCAAUUUUUUCUAUUGCAGAACGGUCCUUCCUUGAAAAUCCCACACAAAUUUUUUGAAGGGGUGAACCUACUCAAAGUUUUAGACUUGUCUGAAAUGCAUUUCACAACACUACCUUCAACGCUUCAUUCCCUUCCAAAUCUUCGAGCAUUACGUCUAGACAGGUGCAAGUUGGGAGACAUAGCUCUAAUUGGAGAGCUAAAGAAACUACAAGUUCUUAGCAUGGUGGGUUCCGAUAUUCAACAAUUGCCUAGUGAAAUGGGGCAGUUGACGAAUCUAAGGUUGUUGGAUUUGAAUGAUUGUAAGCAGCUUGAAGUAAUUCCACGAAAUAUCUUAUCAAGCCUGUCUCGAUUAGAAUGUUUGUGCAUGAAAUGGAGCUUUACUCAAUGGGCAGCUGAAGGAGUUAGUGAUGGAGAAAGCAAUGCUUGUUUAUCGGAGCUGAAUAUUUGUAGGCACGUGGGAAACAAAUUAUAA